AUGGCGUGGGGCACCUUUAUCGCUCUGUUUACUCUCUACCAACUGAACCAUGCCCACUAUACAAAGUUUCCUGAGGGAUUCACUUUCGGUGUUGCAACAGCCUCACAUCAAAUAGAGGGUGCUUGGAACGUUAGUGGAAAAUCGGAAAAUGUUUGGGACCGCCUAUCACACACUCGACCUGAUAUGAUAGCAGAUGGCACCAACGGUGACAUUGCUUGCGAUUCAUACAACCGAUAUCUGGAAGAUGUUGAGGAGUUGGCUUAUCUUGGAGUCGACUUUUACCGUUUCUCGCUAUCCUGGGCGCGGAUUCUGCCGACGGGCCGUGUCGACUACGUGAACCCAGACGGUAUCCGUUAUUACAACGCCCUGCUCGAUGCCCUCGCGGAAAAGAAUAUUGAACCAUUGGUAACACUGUUCCACUGGGACUUACCCCAAACCCUGCAAGACCUGGGAGGCUGGGCGAAUCCGAAAAUGAUCGACUACUUCCGUGACUACUCGGAUCUGUGCUUCAGAGAGUUCGGCGAUAGAAUCAAGUCAUGGAUCACCUUCAAUGAGCCGUACGAAAUUUGCGAGGACGCUUAUGGCGACGAGAAGAAGGCCCCGGCCGUUGAUAGCCAUGGUGUAGGAAACUAUUUGUGCAGCGACACGCUUUUGAAGGCACACGCCGAGGUGUACCAUUUAUACAACGAUAGCUAUAGGCAGGUACAGAACGGUAGGAUAAUGAUCUCGAUUAACUCUAUCUGGUACGAGCCCAGCGACCCGAGCGACGCUGAACAGGUCGCUUUAGCCGAGGUUGCGAAUCAGUUCAAAUUCGGCUGGUUCGCGCACCCGAUAUUCACCGAAGAAGGUGGCUACCCGGCAGUAAUGGUUGCGAACGUUGCCCAGCAAAGCGCUGCUGAAGGUCUCCCGAAGUCACGAUUGGAGCAAUUCGACGAUUACUGGAUCCAGCGGAUCAAGGGAACUUCCGAUUUUCUCGGUAUCAACCAUUACACAACACAUUUGAUAACGGGACCCGGGGUUGAUCCAAUCGCCAAAUCACCAUCUUGGCUGAAGGAUAUUGGAGCUGUAACGACGAUGGAAGUGGGCGGAGGCUCCGCUUCCGAAUGGCUUAGGGUCGUACCAACUGGUUUCGCCAAUCUUCUUCGCUGGUGCAAGAGUUCAUACAAUGACCCACCGAUUUAUAUUACCGAAAAUGGAUUUUCAGACCGUGGUACUCUUGAGGAUUACGGAAGAAUCAAGUACUUUAACGAUUAUCUAACUGAAAUUUUGAACGUUAUUUACGAGGAUGGAGUGAAAGUUUUGGGCUAUACCGCCUGGACAUUAAUGGACAAUUUCGAAUGGAGAGCUGGCUUCUCCGAGCGCUUUGGCUUCUAUUACGUCGACAUCACGGACCCUAACAGGCCUCGUACACCAAAACUGUCCGUAGAAUACUAUAAACAAUUGAUCGCAAACCGCGAACUUCCUCAAGACGAACAGUUCAAGGAGCCCUCGGCAAGGAGAACG